UUGAUCGCCCCACUAGCGCGCCGCACGCUCAUCGCAGCGGACAAGUCCGACUUCCAUCGCCGCCCACUCGCUACAAAACCGCUGGCCGGGCCAUAACGGAGUCCAAGCCAAGUGGCUCAGCUGAUUCCGCUGGCAUCACAGCCAAUCCAUCCCAACCCAUCCAUCCCAUUCCAAGCGCACAGUCGACAUUGACGAUCCGCGGUACGAGAUACUCGUAUAUCUGUUCAGUGCAAAGCGGACAAGCGCAGCAGGCGGACGCAGCGCAGCAUUUUCUCCGUGUAUUUUGGUUCGCCAACUCGGGAUAUUGGAUAUACACAGAUAUCGAGAUACAGAUACACAGAUAUAUAUAUGCACAGCCAAGCGACGCGUACUCAUAGAUAUUUUUAGCAGCCGGCCUCACGCAUACCGCCGCAGUUUAGUCCCGCCGCACUGACACACGCGGCUUGCACGUUUCGGAAAAUCUAUUCUUCGAGGCUUUUCCUGCAAACACAACACACACCAAGAGAAACACGCGAAAACAAACAAAAGUUCUUAUCAAUACGCCGCAACGAAAUAACUUAAACCCAAAACAAGUUCUGCUGUUUUGAGGAAAUAAAACUGAAAACCCCUUUUUUGUUGUGUUAAUAUGCCAAAUUUAUGCAUGAGCUAAUAACUUUAAUUCCGAUAAAAAAAAAAUACAGCCCAAGCAAAACAAAAUAACAAGAAAAGAUCGCAUAUCAAAAUUAGUUGGGUGACUAAUUAGUCGGAAUUUCAAUUUGCAUUAUUUUGCGCAACUUUAAUGAACCAAAAAUUAAAAUAAAAACAUCAACAAAUCUUAAUCAGAGUGCACAUCUAAAUUCAAAUCAUCUCAAACAACCUCUAGCCCAUAUACUGUUGGAUUUAUGAAAUCAAAAAGAUGAAGUCCAACACGUACGAGCUGCACAACUACGCCGAUCUGAACGACAUGGCGGGGAUGGUUGACCCCAAGGACUCCCGUAAAAGGAAGGCUGCCAGUGGGCGUGGUGAGAAGUAUUCGCUGCGUCAGAAGCGCCAGAGGAGGAGUCCCACCGAGGAACUGGAGUCCGCAAGCCUGCCCGACAUUCAACUGGACUUGGAUCCGAUUGUGGAGCCGGCCAGUAAGUCGAGGAAAAGCACAACCACCAAAUCCAAGACGAAAGCACCGCCGUUGAGCAAGUACCGGCGGAAAACGGCCAAUGCCAGGGAGCGCACCCGAAUGCGAGAGAUCAACACGGCCUUCGAAACUUUGAGACACUGUGUGCCCCAGGCGAUAACCGGCGAGGAUGCGGCCAAUACCAACGAGAAGCUGACCAAGAUCACCACCCUGAGACUGGCCAUGAAGUACAUCACCAUGCUGAGCGAGUCCGUGCGGGAUCCCAGCUACGAGAGUGAGUUCAUAGAAGAGUGCCUGGAGGAGAGUGCCAAUCGGGAGGCGAGAGUGGACGAGGAAGCCGAUGUGGAGGUGGAAACGGAAAUGGAAUUGGAGCUGCCCGUUCCGGUUGUGAAAAAGGCGGCCAAGACCAAGGGAAGUGGCAAGAAAAGUUCGGCAGCCGGCCAAAAAAGACAGAGCCAAAAGCAGCAGGCCAAGACAGUGCCCCCAGUGGCAGCCAUGAGUUCCGGCGAGUCCUGCUAUGCCACCUCAUCCAUAGGAUCGCCUGCCUCCUCCGCCUACGCCUCGUUGUCGUCGUCAUCGAACAGCCACAGCAGCAGUAGCAGUCCGGGAUUGGAGGUGGACAGUUUGGUGGGACAGCGUGGACUGACUGCCCUGGACUCCCUGCUCUUGGAUGCCUCCGACGGCGAUUCGCUCACCUGUUUGAGUCCCGAAUACGAGAGUCUGCUCACUGGCAGUGGGGAGUCGCUGUUGCCCGGCUGUCGUGGCGACCUACCCAUGUCCGGGCUGGAAAAACCGGACGUGGAGCUCAGUCUGCGACUGCUGGAUCAGCGAUCCACGGACUCCUUCGACUUCGACAGCUAUCAGCAGCCCUCGGUCCUAAUCAGUUCGUUUUCCGGCCUGGAUGGCUAUGCCUUUGACCUGCUGAGCCCCGAUUUCCCCGACAUGUUUCUUACGGACUUUCCGGAGGUGUACAAGAUCUGCAAGCUGUUCAAGCCGAGCGACGUGGAUCUGGGGAAGAUCAGGGACUUGUUGGACAAGGAGAUUGUGAUGGGCUUGAGUCGCGACCACCACGAUCGCUCCACAGUGCCGUGUCACCUGAGCUACGUCCAGGAUUUGCCGACGGGCAGGGAGCGCGGUCAGUUCCUGGCCCUCGAGAUGAUGCCCACCAACUGCCGGAUCAUGCUGGUGAAGUUCAGCAGCGAGAAGGACAUCUACACCAGUUCCAAGUGCGUGAUAAUGCCGCACACUGUGGCUGCGGGACGGGGCACCGAGGUGUUCCACUUCCUGGCCACCACCAUUGCCAAUUUCGUGAAGGAGAAGAAGGUGGAGAAGGACAAUCUGCCGCUGGGCAUUGCCUUUGCGUUCAGCCUCAACAAACUGGCGUUGGAUGUGGGCAUCUUGGUGUCGUGGACCAAGGAGUUUGGGGCCCAGGGCGCCAUCGGCAAGGACGUGGUCCAAUUGCUGCGCGACGCUCUGGCCAAGUUCCCCGAAAUAUCCGUCGAGGUGAUGGGCAUCAUCAAUGUGGGAGCCGGUUCCCUUUUGGCCCUGUGCUGGGCCCAGCCGGACACCCGAAUGGGCCUGAUCAUGGGCAGCAUUGCCAACUCCUGCUAUGUGGAGCAGGUCGAGAGGUGCCAGCUGUACGAGGGCGAGGAGGGCCGAAAGCUGAUGAUCAUCAACUCGGACUGGGCCCAUUUCGGCGACAACGGGGCACUGGACUUUGUGCGCAACGAGUUCGAUCGCCAGCUGGACAACGAGUCCCUAACUCCGGGUGUUCGGACCUACGAGAAGUUCAGCGGGGCACUCUGCAUGGGCGAACUGGUUCGCAUCAUAGUAAUGCGACUGAUGGGAAUGGGUGCCAUCUUUGCGGAAGCCAGACGCGACUAUAUAGGCAUCCAGUGGAAGUUGGACAUGGUUUCGUUGAUCGAAAUCGCCUCGGAUCCGCCGGGUGACUACACGAAGGCGCAGGAGGUGAUGGACAAGUUCCGGAUCCGUCACUGCAAGGAGCGGGAUCUGGCUGCCCUGCGGUACAUCUGCGAUACGGUUACGAACCGCGCUGCCAUGCUGGUGGCCAGUGGGGUGGCCUGCCUCAUCAACCACAUGCACCUGCCACAGAUCUCGAUCGCCGUGGACGGCGGCAUCUACCGCCUCCACCCGACCUUCGCCACGGUCCUCAAUAAGUACACCAACCUGCUAACCGAUCCGCGCUUCAAGUACGAGUUCGUGAUCACCCAGGACAGCUGUGGCUUUUAUUUUUUUUUUGGAAAUUCUGGGUGGAUAAUGCCGAGUCUUGUUAGCCCGGAAGUGGAGCUGGCCAUCAAGGGCUUCAUUCUCGACCAGGAGAAGAUGGCCGAGGUGGUCGAGCGCAUGACCAAGGAGCUGAAGAUGGGCCUGGCCAAAGACACGCAUCCGCGUGCGGUGAUCAAGUGUUUUGUGACCUACGUACAGGAUCUUCCCACGGGCAAGGAGCAGGGAAGGUAUUUGGCCUUAGACCUCGGUGGCUCUAAUUUCCGGGUGCUCAUGGUGACCCUGGCAAGCGACUCGGCUGGGAACACCAUAUCGAAGAGCUAUGAUUUCCCCAAGUCCCUGAUGACGGGUACGGGCAAAGCACUGUUCGACUUCCUGGCCGAAUGCCUGGCGGAGUUCUGCAAGGAAAAUGGCGUGGAGAACGAGACCCUGCCACUGGGCUUCACCUUCUCGUUUCCCUGCCAGCAAAAGGGUAUUGCCACGGGCGUCCUGGUCGCCUGGACCAAGGGAUUCAACUGCGAGGGCGUGGUGGGCAAGAACGUGGUAACCCUUCUCCAAGAGGCCAUCGAGCGGAGGGGAGAUGUGAAGAUCAACACUGUGGCCAUACUCAACGACACCGUGGGCACUUUGAUGUCCUGCGCCUACCACCAUCCCAACUGCCGCAUAGGACUUAUCGUGGGAACCGGCUCCAAUGCCUGCUAUGUGGAGAAGACCGUCAACGCCGAGUGUUUCGAGGGAUACCAGACCAGCCCGAAGCCGUCCAUGAUUAUCAACUGCGAGUGGGGCGCCUUCGGGGACAAUGGUGUGCUGGAGUUCGUGCGCACACCCUACGACAAGAUAAUCGACAAGGUCACGCCCAAUCCCGGCAAGCAGACCUUCGAGAAGUGCAUCUCGGGCAUGUACAUGGGAGAGCUGGUGCGCCUCGUUGUCAUCGAAAUGAUUAACAAGGAUGUGAUGUUCCACGGCGACAAGUCGCAGAGAAUCCAGAAGGCCUGGAGCUUCCCUUCCUCCUAUAUAUCCGACAUUGAGAGCGAUCCGCCCGGAGAAUAUCGGGCCUGCAACAAGGUACUCAACGACCUGGGCAUCAUCGGCAGCCAGGAGUCGGACAAGGAGGCCCUGAAACUCAUCUGCCAGGCCGUGUCCUCCAGAUCCGCCAAGCUAUGCGCCUGCGGCCUGGUCACGAUCAUCAACAAGAUGAACAUCAACGAGGUGGCCAUCGGCAUCGACGGCAGUGUGUACCGCUUCCAUCCCAAGUACCACGAAAUGCUGCAGUUCCACAUGAAGAAGUUGCUCAAGCCGGGCGUCAAGUUCGAGUUGGUCGUUUCCGAGGACGGAUCCGGAAGGGGCGCAGCUCUGGUGGCGGCCACUGCCGUCCUGAACAAGGCAAAGUCAUAAAUUGUGUGUGUUGGGGCAGGCUAACCAGCUAAAUUUAAAUACCCGAAAAAUCUAGUUGGAAAUACUAAAUUAAAAAUUAUUUUACCAUCAAUAAAAAAAACAACAAAUAAGCGCUAA